UGAUUGGAUUCAGUGAUUCAUUGAUUCAUUCAUUCAUAUGAAUAGAUUGUAUGACUAAUUGUGAUCGCAAUUAACUCUCGCGUCAAGUAAUCGUUGGAAUCAAUGCUCGACUCUUCCCGACAGAGAAUGGCAGGAGGACAGGACCAGAAGUGGCAGAAGGACGCGGCCGACCAGAACUUUGACUAUAUGUUCAAAAUACUGAUCAUAGGAAACAGUUCUGUCGGAAAGACUUCAUUCCUCUUCCGUUAUGCGGACGACUCGUUCACCUCUGCGUUCGUCAGUACUGUUGGCAUCGAUUUCAAAGUGAAGACAGUCUUCAGACAAGACAAGAGAGUGAAACUCCAAAUAUGGGACACGGCUGGACAGGAGAGAUACCGAACGAUAACCACUGCCUAUUAUAGGGGUGCCAUGGGAUUCAUUCUCAUGUAUGACGUGACCAAUGAAGAGUCCUUCAAUAGUGUUCAGGACUGGGUGACUCAGAUCAAGACGUAUUCGUGGGACAACGCGCAGGUGAUUCUUGUGGGCAAUAAGUGCGAUAUGGAGGACGAGAGAGUGGUGUCGUUUGAAAGGGGCAAACAAUUGGCCGAUCAGUUAGGACUGGAGUUCUUCGAGACGUCUGCCAAAGAGAACAUAAACGUGAAGUCAGUAUUUGAGCGUUUAGUGGAUAUAAUAUGCGAUAAGAUGUCUGAGAGUCUCGACUCGGACCCAACUUUGGUGAACGCGCCUAAAGGGACGCGUUUGACCGACAAUCCGAUGCCAACAAACAGCGGCUGUCAGUGUUAAGGAUUACCUCAUGCUUUAUGUGAGACCUGUAAUUACCACUAAAUUUAGUAAUGAAUAUGGAAUUUAAUUAUCAAUUUAUUGGAACUUUUGGUCCAUUAUUUAGUAAUCCUUUGAAUUUUGUUAAGACAUAAGCAAUCUUUUA